AUGAAUGAAAAGAAUAAUCAAAAUAGUGAUAAGUUUAUAAAAAAUAAUAAUUCAAACAAAGAAAAAGCGAAAAAAUUGUUUAUGCAAGCUUUAAAUCAUGAAAGUGAUGAAAACUUUUUAAAAGCAACAAAAUUUUAUCAAGAAGCUGUAAAAUUAUAUCCAAAUAUAUUGAAUACAUAUAUAAACGAUAAUCAGGAAACAUGUUCUGAAAAAAUUGAUGAACGUGAGGAAGUGGAACAACCCGAAGAAAACAGUUACUUAAUAAAUAUCCUGUCCAAAAAUUUUUAUACAAUAAUAAAAUUUUUAGACUUUUAUUCCAUGCAUAGAUUUCUAUUCUUAUGUAAGAGCAUUUCAUCAUUAAUAUCUCUUGAAAAUGAAUACAAACGAUUAUGUUAUAUAAAUUUAAUAAAUUGUAAAGAAAAAUGUAAAUUAUAUGGAAACUCAUACAAAAGGUUUAAUGAAUUGUUAUUGUUAGAAUAUCCACGCUUACGUUUUGACGGUGUUUAUAUUAGUUGUGUUACUUAUAUUAGAUCUUUAAAGGACAUAGGAAAUAUUCAUUUAGAUCCAAAAGAUAGGGAUCGUGUUAUUUAUAACCCAUGUGUUGUUACAUACUUUCGAUAUUUACUAUUUUUGAAUGAAUCGAAUAAGGUUCUUAUAGCGAGAUCAGAGUUAAAUAAGAAGGAUGUGAUAGAAGCUUUUCGAAUAACAUAUCGUAAAGUGCAGAAUUGGGAUUUAUCAUUAAAAUGUGAUGAAUUGAUUAAACAUUUAAUUAAAUUUCAUAAUGAGUGUGAAAAUAAUUUAGUUAAGAUGAUAAGAAUAGGAGAAUAUAAUUAUAAUCCGAAUGAAAAAAUUAUCGAAAUACAAUAUCCUGAAUUAUUGAAUGACCCUUUUAAAUAUAAAAAUAUUAUUAAAUUACGUCUACAAAAUUAUUUGGGUGGCAAUAAUAAUAUGUUGAAAUGGGUAUCUUUUAAAAUUGUCUCCAAAAUUAAAAUGGAUUACUCAGAAGAUACCUUGAAUAUUAAAAAUAAGCAGUACAAGUCAUUUUAUUUUUUUAACUUAAAAUUUUUAUCUCAUUUAUUCAUAACAAAAUUGUCAGAAAAUUAA